CUCCAGUGUACUCACAUGUUUCCCAUGAUUCACAACUUCCGCCAGUCCCGCCGAAUAAAAUAAAAAAUCUCGUCUAUACAAUAUACAAGUGUAGUUAGUUUAGUGUAGUACAGUGUAAUAGCAUUAUAAGUAGCAUUUGAUACAUUUUUGUGCGACACUCGACAGACCUUCAAAACGGCAAACUAUGGAGAAAUCUGUACCCAGAAUCAUUGGCUUUUAAGUAUCAGCUAUAACAUUAUAUAAAUAUUAAAAUACGCAUUUAAGAUUCAUAACUGACUGUUUGACUAAAGAAAUAUAUGCAAUUGACAAGGACACAGUAACAUUAUAUAACUCUUCAUUGUGCCGAGAAGCGUCAAGAAUAUAUACCUAUGGAAAGUCCACAGCAUUAUUCAUGGACUUAGGUUUUAUCGUUCUAUCAUAAUAGCUUCUAUUCUACCAAAAUAAGCAGGUUAUAUUUUGUGGAGAUUCUGAAAUUCUCAAGUUAAACAUCAGAAUCUCAAAGGAUACGCUCAAGGAUUAGUUCUUAUUUAUAAUUUAUAUACUUGUCCAACAUAUAUCUAGAAUAUAUAAAAUAAUAGUGGAAACAUGAAACGUGUACCAUUGCAUAAAGCACUAGAAUCAUUGGCUUGGCUAGAAGGAACGUGGCAAACAGAGAAUCAAGGCAGCGGAAAAUACCCGACAAUUAAGGAUUUUAGCUAUUAUGAUGAAAUAAGCUUCACGUCUUUAGGGCAACCUAUGUUCAAUUAUGCUGCGCAAAGCUUUUCUAAUUCGGAUUUGAAGAAGCCGAUGCAUCGGGAGACAGGUUUUCUGAAAGUGAACCCUGGAACUAAUCAAGUAACUCUUAUCUCAGCACAUAAUUUUGGUAUAACUACCAUUGAAUGUGGCGAGAUAACUGACAAAACCAUCAACUUAAACAGUACUGAUAUAACUAGGAUAAAAGAGGCAAAGAUGCCCCAUGUAACACAGGUAUGCAGGGAAUUUAAACUUCACGAUAAUUAUUUGGAAUAUGUGUUUUACAUGGCGACAUCGAAUACUCCAGUGUUGACUGAACACUUACGAGCAAAGUACAUGAAAGUGAACGAAGAGAAAUAAAAGAAUAUAAGAUAGGGUGAUCAGAUAUCUAGUUUUCCAGACAUGUACUCUUUCUUAAGAUGCAGACUGAGUUUUCAAUAUGUCCUGGGUGUGUACUCUCUUUUGGUACUUAUUUUGAGAAAGAGCGAGAAGACGGAAGUUAUUAAGCCCAUGAAAUACAUAAUAGUAAACUAAUCACUAAAUCAUUAUUAUUAGGGAUGCACCGGAUCAUAAAAUUACCGAAU